CCAAAAACACUGCCCUGCCUCUUUGUUUUUAUUUUGUUUUUAUUACACUAAGCCUGCCUCAAGCAUAACAGUUUUUACACGUGUUGCGUCACUAACAUGCGCCGACAGGCUCUCUGUGUACUGUAGUCUCAAGUGAAGUCGGCACGCAGUCGCCUGAUUAAUCACAGCAACAACACCUCUGCUUAUUUCCACAGUAUAUUAUUAUUAUUAUUAUUAUUAUAUAGCGCGGAUUGUCGUCACCGACGCGAGCUCGUGUGCGGCCACUAACUGUGGAAUUUACACGCUGCUGGUGACGGACGUUAGCCUGUUAGCACCAGCUGCUAGCUAAAGGGAGCGUUAGCGCAAAACAAAUCAACGCGUUUGUGGUCGAAGCCGCGGCGAAAACGCUCGGAGCGAGCAAUUCAAAAUCACGUUAGCGAUGCCACAGACUUUGCGUUGGGGUCAUGGCUGCAGCUGGGCUCCCGGUGGAUGAAUGAAGAAGCGACAACAGCGAACCACACGGCAUUCAGUGAAGCGACCUCAGAUAAAGCCAUGCUUUUAUAAGCAAGAUAGCAAUGGCUUCUCGCGACGGUGACAAGCUCCCAAGUGAAACCGGGGACUUGGGGAUCAUUUCGGGAUCCCAUUCUAGAUGUGGCUCUCCUGACAUUACAGAGGAGCAUCGUCCAGAUAAAACAACUUCUGUUGUGAAAACUCCGAAAUCUGGAAAAUUUAGGACUGCGCUUACAUUCUUUGGAGUUCGCAAAAGCAUGUGUCUCUUACCAAGCUUUUUUGGAGGGAGAAGUAAAAACCAGAGCAAGUGGUCUUCCAAGAAGGGAAUCUACAAAAGCAAAACUCAUGAUGGGCUAAGCCAAAUAAGUCAUGAAGACAGCCUGAGAGGUGGAUCCACCUCCACUGGAGAUUUUGAGUACACCAACCAGAGUGACUGCACUGACAACCUUCAUGAUAUUGAAUGCAGUCUCCCCAAUGAACAGAAAUCCCAGUCUCUCACGAGACAGAAACGGGGUUUGAAAAGCUUUUUUAAUGGUUUUAAACAUCAUAAAAACCAUCGAAAUGAUGGUUCGGAUAAAACCGAAAUGAUUGCAAUGUCCUCUCCUCACUGCCAUAAAGAGGUGCCUCCUGUCCAGGACAACCCUGACCAGUAUGUCACAGAGUGCCUGGAAUCUGAACCCGACGUGCCUGAUUCUCCAAAUCGUGUGUGUGAUAGUUCACCGGCACCUGAAUGUAAUGACGCUGAAGUGGUAACUUUAGAGAAGAGUUUGGAAAAGCAAAGUCCAAGGACUGAGGUUGAUGAUGAGUUAUGUGUUGAUCAAAUCGAUGGGAUUCAUUUGAUGGCGGUGGUUUCCAGUGAAUACAAGGAGAGUGGCAGAGGACAUAGUGAGCCUUGUCUGUUACUUGAGAUGAUACCUGAUCCGGCACUGAAGUCUGAAACACCUGCGGGCUCGUCUGAUCAACUGAACCUGAUUUACGGCGAGGUGGCCUCACUGAAGAGCUUCGAUUCGCUCACUGGUUGUGGGGACAUAAUUGCAGAUCAAGAGGAUGACAGCAUCUCAGAGACUACAGUUUCCGGAGAAAGGAGUAGAAAUGGAGGAAAGCGGGCCUCCUGCUUUCUAACUUACCAGGGCGGUGGUGAAGAAAUGGCCUCCCCCGAAGACUUGGACGAGCAGUAUCUCCAUGAUUUCUGGGAAAAUAAUGCAUCUGAAGAACUUCACUGUCCUUGCAACCAAGACCACGUGAAUCCGACUGCCAGCAUGAUGACUUCACACAAUAUGGACUUUGUGGACGGUAACAGCGCACAUCAAGCCAGCACCAUGAGCACUUCAGCUGAUGUGUUGACACCUCAAAGUGAGCAUCAAGAAUCAGUUCCGAAUAGUGAUGAGGGCUACUAUGAUUCAAUUACCCCAGGUCCAGAUGAAGGACAGGACAAAACAGACCGACUGAGACAGACAAACAGAUUACCCAGGGACAGUUACAGCGGUGAUGCCCUCUAUGAGCUGUUUGCUACUGAUGAGAGUCUCGUCAGUCCACAUAAUGAAAGCAAACUCAGACUGUCAAGUUCGAAACAGAGUGAGCAAAUGGAUGUGACCGAUUCUGCCUUCUCGGAGGUGAAUCGAUUACAAAGUGCUGACCAGUAUAAAGUGCAGGACCUUAUUGAGGCGCAAAGCACAUGUAAGUCCUUCAAGUUGACACGAAAUACAGUAGCUCUGCAAGAAAUUGACUGGAACAACUGUAAUUUGAAUUCAAAACCACAGACGUCACUUAGCAAGAAUUUUGAGGCAGAUGAAUUUGAUGGAACGGGAAAUGCACUUGCUUCCUCAAUUACGAUAAACGAUGACAGUGAUAAGAGGCACAGCGACUUGUCAUUAGUGAGUACGUUAUGUGAUCCCAAAGAGCCAACUCCCGAGGAAAACAAGACUGCUACAUUGCCGUUCCGAAAUGUCAAUUCCCAGUCUCCAGAUUGUAACAGUUGUUUGGAUGAAGGUCACACCGUGUGUUUCUCCCAAGCGCUUGUAAACUACGAGAAAAGCGCUCAGAUGAUGAGCAACUUGCACAACCUAAGCGUGGAUGUCUUGGAGACGAACGCUGCCUUCACUCCAAAUAUGGAGGCCUUACCCACCAUCGUCACGUUUGAUGUUGUGGACAUGCAUAAUGAGGGGGAAUAUGAUGAGCAGAUUCACAUGGAACUGGAGGAGGACAUCUCGUCACCCUUUCAGGAAUUUGAAGACAGCUACCUCCAAAAAGAUGCGUUCGCUGAAUGUGACUAUCAAAUGUUGGACCUGUAUGAGCAGAGUCUGAUCAGUAACACGUGGGCCAUCGCUAGUCUCCCACGGCACCUUGGCCUUACAAGACUUAGCCAGUCCGUGUCCAAUCCCUUGUCCCUAGACAGGAGGAGUAGGUCUCUGGACACGGAAAGCCUUCAGUUGAAGAUGCCCGUUGCAUACAGAGAGAGCAGAGCCGCUACCCCUUCCGGUCUUCGAGCUGAAGGAGACCCCGAGAGGGAACCCUUGGCAUAUUAUAAGAAGAAUGUACUCAUGUCUGCGUCAGAGGUUAGCGAUGGCGGUAGCGCUAUGGCCUUACCGUGGCAAAGUCGGUCAGAAAUGGCUUUAAGCCUUCCUCUGAGCGACGAGGACCUAACUGAUACAGUCCAGAAACAUCAAACGCUUUCCGAUUCAUUCGGUUGGCGGUUACCAGACAGUGAAGCCCACCUUUGCUCUGACGCGCCAAUGCCUGGUGAUGUCACGUCACAGGAUGCGCAGCGGUACAACAGGCCGUGCCACCUUCCCUUGCACUCAGAUUCUUGUUUACCUCGUAGCACAUUUGUUUAUUCAGGACUAGAUGCAUCGUACGGUGCCGGCGAGGACGCGUUUAGCAGAGCCGCUGCAGAUUUGCAGUCGUACAUCCAGUUUAGUCAAAGCAGACAGACGGUGAGUAGGGAAAGAAUCUCUCAUUCUGGAAGUCCUCUAAGGGCAGGCGCGCAUACGGAUGACCUGCAACCGGCAACAAACUCCCCAAAACGACCGUGAAAAUGAAAGGCUCUCAGUAAUACAGUGGGCCUGCAGGACAGUAAUGUGCCAUAGAUUGUGGUUUUUGUCAUGAUUAUGGUUUACUUGAAGAAACAAUUCAUUGGAAAUGAAACUGAAAUUGGAGUCUCAACAGUCUUGCUGAAUAGAGCGCGCCAAUUGGUAUUUGCACAGUUAAUGGUUUCAUUGCAGGAAGGAAUGCUCUCAUCUUGUCAACACCAAGUACUUGUUUUACUCAAUCUCAUGUUUCCAGGUUUCAUCUACGCGACUGUGCUUUAUCUGAAGGCUCCUCUUCAGCCUGCUUUGCGUAUGCCACCAGUUGCCUCUUAAAUAUCGUACUUUGAUAUCAUCAUCUUUUUUUUUUCUUCUGUACCACAGCGCAGCUUUUUUGAAAUGUGUUUGUAGCCGUUUUCUUAGUUCACCUCAUUUCAAGGUCAAGAGGUAUUUCAAGACAACACUUUUGUGACUAUUACACUCGUCGCAAGAAUUUAGUCAUUUGGUUUGGUUUGCAGUACACAAAAAAACAAGUCUCUUUCUUGAUAGUUUUGAUGGUGGUAUUGAAAAUGCUAAGAUGGAGUCACAGUCAGCUACCAUUACUGUCGAUAGUUGUGUUGCAGAAUAAAGAUGGCUUAUUUGUAUAGCACGCCAGUGCAACACUGCAAAAGCAGAAAACGGACACAAUUUAUGCAUGCACAUUAUUGCAAUAGAAGGAAUGUGGCGUGAAUAGAAAUCCCUGCCUCAUAUUCACAUGUGAAUUACAUUUUAUUGAUUGGAUGACUUAGUUUUUUGAGUGUCAUGAGCAAAUGUUUUGUAUUUAUAUUGUCAGCUGUUUGUACUUGUAGGACUGUACUGAAAAAGGCCGUCAGAACUUGUCAAUAUUUCUUCCGUUUUAUCUCUCGUUUUGGAGAAGCUGUUUUGUCAACGUGAACACUGCCUUAAAGUAAACAAAAAAGACUCCGCC